AUGCCCAGCCACAUUCCAAAGUUUAAUGAAUCAACGUUUCAGAAACACUUAAGGGACUUUGUUCUUGCGUUCUUUGAUGAUAUUUUAGUAUAUAGUACCACGGUACAGGAGCAUGUAAUUCAUUGGGAGAAAGUACUGAAGAUACUGAGGAAGGAACAAUUGUAUGCUAAGAGGUCCAAAUGUUCAUUUAGUCAAAGAAAAGUGGAGUAUUUGGGUCACAUCAUAACUGUAGAAGUUGUAGCUACUGAUCCUACAAAAACUGAAGUUAUGGUGUCAUGGCCUAGUCUUAGGUCCCUUAAGGCAUUGAGGGGAUUCUUGGGGUUAACAGGGUAUUACAGAAGAAUUCCUUCCAAAGGAGGACCAGAACCAGAAGAAGCUUUUGAAGAGCUGAAGAAGGUCAUGUCUACUGCCCCAGUUUUGGCCCUAGCAGAUCACAAAACCCUUUAUUGUGGAAACUGA